UUCGGGCUCUGGCCCGGCUACCUAAACCGAAUGGAGCUCGCCUGUCCUUCCCGACCUGUGUUCCAUGCCCUAGAGCUGCCAUGCGGAGGUGGAACUUGGGGGUUGGGGAGGGUAGCGGCUCGCGCGGAAGGUCCCCGCGUCCACCCCAUGACCUCUGGACUUUGGGGCAGGUGGGCAGUGGCCUAGGCCUCAGGACACCAUGAAACAGCUGCCAGUCUUGGAGCCUGGAGACAAGCCCAGGAAAGCAACAUGGUACACCUUGACUCUACCUGGAGACAGCCCCUGUGCACGGGUUGGCCACAGCUGCUCAUAUUUACCCCCACUUGGUGAUGCCAAGAGAGGGAAGGUCUUUAUUGUUGGGGGAGCUGAUCCAAAUGGAAGCUUCUCAGAUGUGCACACCUUGGAUCUGGGAACACACCAGUGGGAUUCAGCCACCGGGGAGGGCCUCUUGCCCCGGUAUGAGCAUGCCAGCUUUGUUCCGUCCUGUACACCUGACAGCAUCUGGGUGUUUGGAGGUGCUGACCAGUCAGGAAAUCGAAAUUGUCUUCAAUUCCUAAACCCUGAAACCGGGACUUGGAGCACGCCAGAAGUGGCCAGCACCCCACCAUCGCCAAGAACAUUCCACACUUCUUCGGCAGCUAUUGGAAACCAGCUGUAUGUCUUUGGGGGAGGCGAGAGAGGUGCCCAGCCCGUGAAGGAUGUGAAGCUCCAUGUGUUUGACGCAAACUCUCUGAUCUGGUCACAACCAGAGACGCUUGGGAACCCCCCACCCCCCCGGCAUGGUCAUGUGAUAGUGGCAGCAGGGACAAAACUCUUCAUCCACGGAGGCUUGUCAGGGGACAGAUUCUAUGAUGAUCUUCACUGCAUUGAUAUAAGUGACAUGACGUGGCAGAAGCUAAGUCCCACCGGGGCUGCUCCAGUAGGCUGUGCCGCCCACUCAGCUGUGACUGUAGGGAACCACCUGUAUGUCUUUGGUGGCAUGACUCCCACUGGAGCACUGGACACAAUGUACCAAUAUCACAUAGAAAAGCAGCACUGGACCUUGCUUAAAUUUGAUACUUUUCUACCUCCUGGACGAUUGGACCAUGCCAUGUGUAUCAUUCCAUGGCCAGUGAUGUCUGUUUCUGAGAAAGAAGAUUCAAAUUCUAUCACGCUGAACUGUGAAGCUGAGGAAGGGGAUUCCGCUGACAAAGGAGUGACCCAAGAUGGUGACUCACGUGUGGAACAUCAGACUGACAUAUUGCUCUGUUUUGUGUUUGGUGGGAUGAAUACAGAAGGGGAAAUCUAUGACGACUGCAUUGUGACUGUAGUUGACUAAUAAAACCCACAUUUUUAUUGCUGUC